UUGUGCCUGAAUGCGAUGACGAAAAAGGAAAGGAAAUUCCUACGGAAACUGUCACAAAAAUGGGAACUACAAUAAGAGAAUAUAUUCCUGAUGAGCAGAAGACUUUCACAAUUUCGCCAUAUAUUUUGAGAAAUUUACCAGAUAUGAGGAUAAAAAAUAUAGAGACAAUUAUUCGGAGCAUAAAUGAAAUGUUAAAUGGUGGAAAAAGAUACUAUAUUUCAAUGAUGGAUGGAUAUCUAUUCCUAAAUUUAGCUAACGAAUGACAUUCAAGGUAUUUACUAGAAGGUUAUCUUGAAGGAAUCUUUAAAGGAGAUAUACCCAUGACAAAAGCUACAAGACAAAUCUUUGAAAGGACAAAUAAACAAGAGGAAUCUACAACAGGAAAAAGAAAAGAGAUAAACCCUUUAGUGGAGCUAGACCCACUCUGAAGAAGCAGAAAAAUUAUUGAACAAGUUGCAGGCUAAGACCCACUCUGAAGAAGCAGAAAAAUUAUUGAACAAGUUGUAGCAAGAUGUAAGCAAUGACGUAAUUUUGUAAUAAUAGAGGAGGGGUUCAACCUCUAUAAAAACCCAUCAGAACUUAGGAGAAGGACACACGAAAAAUUCUGAGUGCUAUUCUUACUCUUAGAAUCUAACUAUUCCUUUCUCUAAAGCUCUUGUAUUAAAAGUUUUUCAGCAAUAAAAUUUAUGGGAUUCUAAAUUUUCUUUUGUUCUUUCUGAGUAAUCUUAGUAGUUAACUACAUCUUGUUCAAAAAAAGAAGAAGUCUAAAUAGGAAAAAUGAAGAAGAAUGAGUAUUUCCUGAUUCUUUAAUUUCCUUAAAAAUCUAAACAUGAAUAAUUUCUUAAUGUCUGCUGGAGUAAUAUUCAGUUGUGUUCCUCCGGAAGCUACUUUGAUACCCAGCCUAUUCAUAUGGAUUAUAAGGGCAGAUGAUGUUAUAGAAGGAUGGAGCGACAAUUCAGCCUAGAACGUCACCAGUCUAAAGGUGAACUGAUAGUAGAAAUCGUUACUAUCAGGAAUAGACAUUAACAAAGGAAGCGCGUUGGACCCUCAAGAAAUCUAAGGCUCGUUUUGCCCGGCCACGACUUCAGGAGGUAGAACACAUUUAGGCACCUCAUCUGGAGUAACCACUCAGUACCCGUGUUGAAUGCCUUUCUUAGGAACCAUCCCACCAACUUCAUACUACACACCUACGAACCAAACAUCCUAAUUUUUUUUAUCUAAGACCAGGUGUAGCCUCCAUCAACCUUACAUUCACCCCAGUCAACACAUCCACACCUAUGACGACACCGAUCACAGAAAACCAAAAUCCUACCCCAACACAAAUACAAGAGUAUAUCGAGUUCCACGCUCGACAGUUAGCUUUCCUUCAGCAAGUGCAACAAGGCCAUACUCGGUCACCAGCUCCCACCACCUCUCGAGGCAAUAUCACCACCCCUCCAUAUGUGCCAGCACCACUGCCUCACCCCCCCCCCCAGAAUUUUACCAAGGGCAAACAACACCCGCGGAAGCCAACCCCGAGAAAAAUCAGAAAGAGCAGCAAAACCAAAGGGACGAGCAUAUGAACCCAACUGGAAACAGAACUCCUGAAGGACCGAGAAAGACCCCGAAACGAGUAGAAAUUGAAGUAAGUGUGGACAGCUCAGGUACAGACUCGGUAAAGAAAAAGAAUCUAGAGCAGGAAAUCACAGAAAGGGUGAGAACCGAGAUGGAAAAAUUCAGAAGAAGGGAACCGAAGAGCACAAGUUUCCUUAACAUUUGAAACCCGUUGUCGGCCGAGAUUCGAGACGAACCCUUCCCUUUGAACUACAAUACACCACAGCUAGAUUAUUACAAUGGAACAUGAGACCCGAUCACCCACUUGAGUUGUUUCCAGGUGGCCAUGAUGGUGCAAAGCUUAUCUGAUGCCGUCUGUAAACUGUUUCCAACAACUCUAAAAGGACCGGCAGCAAUCUGGUACCAAAGUCUGAAAGAAGGCUCUAUCCAGAGUUUCGACGAGCUAGCGAUAGCUUUCCGAACUUCGCUAUCAAAAACCUGGGGAAAGCUUGCAAAGCUUUAUCGGCAGAUUCAACGCCGAAGCUGUCGAAGUAGAAAAUUUAAAUGAUUAUACCGUGAUAGACGCUAUGAAGGAUAACGCUACAAUGAUGGCGUUCCAGGACAACCUGAUAACAAACCCGGUACAAAAUUACUCCCAGCUCAUGGAUCGAGCCUGGAAUUACAUCAACUUGGAUGAAGAACAACGAAGAAAACCCGCACAAACAACGGCGCAACCCCAGAUGGCAAGACCGACCUUCAAUCAGACUGCCAGGCAGAACAGGUUCAGGCCAAGAGAACAGCGACAACCCCUACCUCCUCGGAUGGAACCACACCGGCCGGUAAAGAUAGAAGACCAAGUCUUCAUCCCACUCAACACGCCGAUAUUGCACAUCCUAAUGUGGAUUCAAAAGAACAACGAGCCGGUAAGAUACCCACCAAAGUUACAAUAUGAGGGGGACAGAAAGAAAUAUUGCCAAUUCCAUGACGGUCACGGCCACGUCACCGAUGAGUGUGGAAGUCUCAAGAAAGAAAUAGAUCGAUUGGUGCAAGUCGGUCGCUUAAAAGACUUCGUGGCACAAAGCAAAAGUUAUAACCCAGGAGGGAACACCCGGGGAGAGCAUAGCGGGAAGAGAGAUGAGGCCCCACCUCCUAAAAGACUAAAUGUAUCAGGAGUAAUUAACACAAUAGCAGGGGGAAUGGCUGAUCCGGAAUACAGACGAGGCAGGCGAAAAAGGAAAAAAAUGCUGAUGAACAUAUCGAUAGCUAAACCCCUACCGGAUGUCAGUUUUGGGCCAGCCGAUGGCGAAGGAGUAGACUUUCCACACCAGGACCCGCUAAUCUCGGGACUAAUAGAAAAGUUUUGGGUAAUGAGACAGCUAAUAGAUGAAGGAAGCUCGAUAAAUCUCAUUACGAAGGAAGCAUACCUCGGAAUUGGAUGCUCAAUAUUAAACCUCAAACCGAUCAGAACACCCCUCGUCGGCCUAGGGGAGCACCGGUCCGGGCAGAAGGAGUAGCGGAGUUAACGGUCGAACCGGGAAAGGAGACUGAAACACCAGAAGGAGGUUUAAUCGGCAUCACCAAGAUAUUUAAAUCACUGUUCAUAGUGGUAGAUAUGCCACUGGCCUACAAUGUAAUCCUCGGUAGACAAUUGCUAUUCAAUACCGGAGCCGUCACAUGCAUAAAAUACUUAUCAAUGAAAAUUCCUACCGUGGAUGGCGUGGUAACUAUCAAAGGGAGGCAAGACAUAGCCAAGCAAUGCUACUUUGUUUCCAUGAAAGGCGUAUCAGAGACCCUGGCCAUUGAAACAAUGGAGAUACCUAACUCGGAUGAGGGCAAACUCGAACCACACGGAAAGCUAGAAAAAGUUAAUCUAACUGGAGUAAUCACGAGACCGGUCAAAAUAGGCGCUGAGUUACCCAAGCAAAUAAAACAAGAGAUAACUGACAUGCUAUCCAGGAACGAAGUAGAAUUUGUCAACUUCCAAGGCAAAAUAGAAGGUGUAGACCGAGCAAUCAUUUCACAUAAGCCGAAUGUGGAUCCAAAAUACAAGCUGGUCAAACAGAAGAAAAGAGCUUUCGCAGUGGAUAGACAAAUCGCAAUUAGAACCGAGGUGGACAAGCUAUUGGCAGCUGGUUUCAUCAGAAUAGUGGACUACCCGGAGUGGUUAUCAAACGUCGUGCUCAUAAAGAAACCGAACGGAAAGUGGAGACUAUGCAUAGAUUUCACAGAUCUAAACCGGGCAUGCCCCAAAGAUAGCUAUCCUCUACCGAACAUUGAUCUGCUAGUCGACUAAACAAGCGGCUACGAAGUCUACUCGUUCAUAGAUGCGGCCCAAGGGUAGCACCAGAUACCAAUGCACAAGGACGAUGAAGAGAAAACGAGCUUUGUAACCGACAAUGGCACAUACUGGGAGUGAUUGCUCUGAAACCCGUAGCAAGCCUAAAAACCUUUAUAAAUAUUUUGCAUUUCAAAAACAUAAAAAGGUUUAUAACUUCAUCCAAAAGUACUUUAAAACCUUUACUGAAAACACAAUUAUAGACUGUGAUUGUAUCUCCAGACUUCAUGGCAUAAUUGUCAAUUCACAUAACACAUUAAGCCUAUCUGAAUACAAUACCAACAAUAAUUCGCAAAUCAAGACCAUAUAUUACAUAUGAUCUGUUUUCAGAAAAUACUGUUAAAACCUAUCAAGACCCGAAAUCUCGAAUCGAGACCGGCUCUAGGGAAUGGGAGUGGUAGCUCCGAAACCCGUAGCACGCCUAAACCACUCUAAACGUUUCACGAUUUAAUCAAAUAAGCAAUCAUGCAAAACAAUUUCAGAAAAGCUUUUAAAACAAUUCAUUUAUAAACAUCUAAUCACAUUCCGAAAACUAUACAUAGAAACUAGGGUCUUGCAGUGUGAUGCCACAUCAAGCAUUGCCCCGUUUUGCACAUCAAACACAAACGGUUUAAGAACGGAUAAAACUAUUCAAGUUUAUAAAAUAUUAGAGUAUAGAUAAUAAGUAAAACCAUUUGACCAUAUAAAAACUAGGACUAGACUACUGUAGCGCUAUUGAUCGAAACCUUCUUUUUACAUACUUCAAAAGACAAACUUCUGAAGCAAGGAUAGAAGUCUGUCGCGUCAAAAGACUAUUUACCUGAAAGUGGUUAAAACAACAGGGUCAGUCAAAACUGAGUGAGUUCAUAGUUUACAAGUUAGUAUUCUAUAAAUCAAAACAAUGAUACAAUUCAUUCAUGUAUAUGCAUCUGAAUAUAACUUUCGAUUGAAACCCUAAUCUUCGAUUCAUUGAGUCUUCUUUGCGAUCAAAAUGAUUAACUUAAUCCUGAUGGUAGGUUCCGGGAUAGUUCAACCGAGUGACUCAUUAGAUACAGGUCACAGGAUAGUUCCACCGAGCUAACCUUGUAUCUAAACCCGAUAGAGACGUCUUCAAAAACAAAUGAAGAAGCAAAUAGCUCAAAUUUAACUGGUGAUCACGUAGUUCCUAUUGCCGCCCAAUAGGAAAGCAUGUUUCAUCGGAUCUAUACUGGUUUCAAGAUACCGAUGCAUGUAUUUCAUUCAAAGCAUUUUUGAUAAUAAAUCAUGCUAUGCAAUUCAUAUAUAAAAAAUUUGCAUUUAGAAAGAAAUGCAUUAUCAAUACAUCAAAUGUAAAUACAUAUAAACUCACUGUUUGCUAUUCCAAAAACUUUAAUCACACGACACCCUCAAGCUCCUUGUCCGGUAGCUGGUUGCCUCGCCGAAUCUAGGAAACAAACAGACAUAACUCGAGUAAGAAUUCAACUCUAAGGACAUUCUAGACUCGAGAUAUACAUAUACACGUAACUCGUCUAGUUCUAAUCGCGUCUAAUCUCAAUUCGUUCCAUCUAACUCUAUGCGGCUUUAGGUUUACAACUUAUACCUUAAACCUAAGCGUCUAAAUUUCAUGUUUUCAGAGUCCGUUAACUUCAAACAACUCAAAACACCAAGCAUUGAACUUCGGAACAUAAAAACGAGUCACAAAUGACCGAAAAAUGGCUCGAAAUUGGUUCUGGCACGACGUGAGAACCUUCCUCAUGUCGUGAGGGCUACCUCACAUCGUGAGGACUCUCCUCACGUCGUGACGAACCAUCCUCACGUCGUGAGGGCACACUCUCACAUCGUGAGAGUUGCUCUCACAUCGUGAGAGAUGUUCUCACUUCGUGAGAAACAUGAAAACAGCCCCGGCUCCGAUUUCAACGUGCUAACGACACUUCCGCACCUACCCAUCAUCAAAACGACACUCCAAACCAUCACAAACAUAGGAAAAACGCUUAAAACUAAUCAAAUACGUAACUUCGAUAUGGUUUCGUAGAAACUCUGACUAUUCUAUCAAAAAAACCCAUCAAAUUAAACCAAACAAACCUUAAAAUGAUUAGGCACCUUUAUAGUCCUUCGAUUUAUGAUCGUUUUGCAGCGAAAACCGUCAAAUUCAGACGAGAAAUGGUAAACCUAGGUGAUGGCGAAUUUGAUCGUGAAAAUGGUGAGAAACGAAGUCUAUAUCUUCAUUUUUAAAUGAAGCAGCUCAAACUCGUACUUUAACUCAAUUUCUUAAUUAACAUCCGCGUCCAAUCUUAAAACAGUCUCAGAAUUACACAAAAUUUUACCGAUAAAUUCUUAAAAAAACAAUUCGGACAACGGCGUAAAAAUUAUUAGCUCGGGACCUAUCUUUUAUUUUAUAAUAAUUUUCUUAGAUUUUCCUUAGUCCCGCUAAUACCCACUCUAUCGAAUAAUAAUUACUAAUAAAAAUUAUUAUUCUACGAUCAAUAUUAUAAACUUAUUCUGACUAUAAUUGUUAACUCUAUUUCCAUUUCCGACCUACUUGACCUAAAUUUCAUGAUUCAAGACACGUGGCACAAUUUAAUGCCUUACCAAUUUAUCGAUUAUUACAUUCACCCCUCCUAAAUUCGUCCUCGAAUUUAAAUUUUAGCCACGUACCGGGGAUAAACAGAUGCGGAUAUUUUUGUCGCAUAUCUUCCUCCGUUUCCCACAUACAGUCAUCAACAAAAUGGUUUCUUCAAAGAACUUUCACCAUUGGAAAAUCUUUGGUCCGAAGCUUCCGUAUUUGCAUAUCGAUAACCUCCACUGGUUCUUCUUCGUAUAAUAACUCUUCGUUCACUUCCACUGUUUGCAGUUGAAUCACACGCGAGGGAUCUGACACAUAUUUCUGAAGCAUGAAGAUAUGAAACACAGGAUGAACCUGUGACAUAUCUGGUGGCAAAUCCAGCUUGUAAGCGACCUUUCUGAUACGUUCCAUAAUCUGGUAUGGACCCACAUACCUUGGAGAUAACUUUCCUUUCUUUCCAAAACGAACUACACCUUUCAUAGGUGAUACCUUGAGAAAAACAUAAUAUAUCUUUUCUCUUUGGGUCUGCAUAACUUUUCUGUCGGCUGAAGGCGAUGUUUAAACGUUGUCUAAUCCGGGGUAUGUUCUCUGAGGUACUCUGAACAAUCUCUGCUCCCGUCAAUUUUCUUUCUCCGACCUCAUCCGAAUAGAUAGGGGAUCUACACUUGCAUCCAUAUAGGGCCUCAUAAGGAGUCAUCUCAAUGCUCGAGUGAUAACUAUUGUUAUAUGAGAACUCCACCAACGGUAAGUAUGUAUCCCAACUUCCUCCAAAAUCCAAAACACACAAAUGAAGCAUAUCUUCUAGAGUUUGAAUUGUCCUUUCAGACUGACCAUCUGUCUGAGGAUGAAAAGCAGUGAUGAAGUCUAACUGCGUUCCCAAUGCUUCUUGCGAAAUUUUCUAGAAAUGAGAGGUACAAACUGAACCUCUAUCAGAUAAAAUUGAUAAAGUAACUCCAUGUAAACUGACAAUCAUGUCAAUAUACACCUAUGCCAAUUUCGCUGCUGAAUAUGAUAGAAUAAAGUGUGCUGACUUUGUCAGACGAUCCAUAAUCACCCAUAUAGAAUCAAAACCUUUUUGUGUCCUUGUUAAUCCAACUAAAAUAUCCAUGGUGAUCCUUUCCCAUUUCCACUCUUGAAUAGGUAAGGGUUGUAGAAAUCCAUAUGGUCAUUGGUGUUCCAACUUGACUUGUUGACAAGUCGGGCACUUGGCUACGAAUUUCGCGAUGUCCUUCUUCAUUCCAUUCCACCAAUACAUCUCCUUGAUGUCACUAUACAUCUUAGUUUAUCCAGGAUGUAUAUUGUACAUCAAUCCAUGGGUCUCCCCAAAAUCUUCUUUCUCAAAUCAUCCAGAUUUGGCACAUACAAUCUGGUUCCAUGCCUCAAAGUUCCGUUGACAACGCUGGAAUCUUGAUUCUUUCCUUGUUGAACUUCAUCUAUCAGUCGUUUCAGUUGGGGAUCCUCCGCUUGUCAUUCCUUAAAUCGAUCAAUCAACAUUGGUCGAAUACUCAACUGAGCUAACAAACUUCCAAGGUUUGAAACUUCAAACUUAACCCUUGGCUAUACAACUUAUGAAUCUCUUUAGCUAAUGGUCUUUGCCACGUUAUAGUAAUGUGCGCAAGACUGCCUACAGACUUUCUGCUCAAAGCAUCCGCCAACAUAUUGGCCUUACCGGGAUGGUACUGAAUCGUAUAAUCGUAAUCCUUUAGCAACUCUAACCAUAUUCUCUGCCAAAGGUUUUACUCAGGUUGAUCAAAGAUAUACUUCAAACUCUUAUGAUCCGUGAAUAUCUCACAUGUUGCUCCAUAUAAGUAAUGCCUCCAAAUCUUCAAAGCAAAAAUUACUGCUGCUAACUCUAAAUCGUGAGUCGAAUAGUUCACUUCAUUCUUCUUUAGCUGUCGAGAAGCAUAGGCUAUCACUUGACCAUGCUGCAUUAAAACGCAUCCUAAUCCAACUCUUGAAGCAUCACAAUACACUGUGAAUCCUUCUGUUCCUUCGGGUAAUGCUAAUACUGGUGCUGUCGUUAGGCACUCCUUCAGUUUUAGAAAACUGACUUCGCACUUAUCCGUCCAAUCAAACUUAGCAUUCUUUUGAGUUAACUUUGUCAAUGGUGCAGAAAUCCUCAAAAAGUCAUGCACGAACCGUCUUUAGUAUCAUGCUAAACCCAGGAAACUACGGAUCUCCGUAACUUAACUAGGUCUCUCCUACUCGGACACAACUUCAAUCUUCUUUGGGUCGACCAUAAUUCCAUUUUUAGACACCACAUGUCCCAAAAAUGCCACUUCCUUUAGCCGAAAUUCGCACUUGGAAAACUUGGCGUAGAGCUGAUGCUCUGUCAAUACUUGGAGUACUAAUCGCAAAUGAUGCGCGUGCUCUUCCUCCGAACGCGAGUAUAUCAGAAUAUCAUCGAUGAAAACAAUCACAAAUUGAUCUAAAAACGGCUUAAACACUCGAUUCAUCAAGUCCAUGAAAGUCGCUGGUGCAUUGGUCAAUCCAAAUGACAUCACCAGAAACUCGUAGUGUCCAUAAUGAGUCCUAAAAGCAGUUUUUGAAAUAUCAUCAUUUCAAAACUUCAAUUGAUGAUAACCUGACUUAACUCAAUCUUGGAAAAAUACUUUGCUCCAUGCAACUGAUCAAACAAAACAUCAAUUAUUGGUAGGGGAUACUUAUUCUUGAUCGUAACCUUGUUCAACUGACGAUAAUCUAUGCACAACCAUUGCGAUCCAUCUUUCUUCUUAACAAAUAACACUGGUGCACCCCACGGGGGUUCACUAGGUCUUAUAAAUCCACGAUCCAGAAACGUUUCUAGGUGGUCUUUAAGUUCCUUUAGUUUUGCUGGCGCCAUUCGAUAUGAGGGUAUAGAUAUUGGUUUUGCAUCAGGAGCCAACUCGAUACAAAACUCAAUCUCUCGAUCUGGUGGUAAUUCAGGCAAUUAUUCUAGAAAAAUAUCUGGAUACUCAGACACCACUGGUACAUCCUGCACCGCUCCAAUUUUCUUUUGCACAUCCUUUACAAUGGCCAAAAAUCCUUGACAUCCCAUUCUUAGCAUCUGACACGCUUUGAUGGCCGAAAUGAUAUUAAUUCGCAGGCGAUUCCAACUUGUCACCCUGAAUUGAAAUAGGUUCAGCUCUAGGCGGACUAAACGUGACUAUCUUCUUACGGCACUCCACACUGGCAUAGUGCUGGGCUAGCCAAUCCAUUCAUAGUAUAACGUUGAAAGCUAACACUUCUAACAAAAUCAAGUCAGCAAUAAACUCUCGCCCUUGAACACUCACAAGACAAGAAGGAUAAACUAUGCUAUCUCUUAUACUCUCGCCUACUGGGGUAGCUACUGAAAAAGGACGUUCUAAAUAAGCAUAUUGCCUUCGCAACUUAACCGCAAAACUAGGCGAAAUAAAUGAAUGAGUAGCACUUUGAUGAAAUAGAACUAAUGCAUCUUGAGAAGUGAUAAGAAAUGUACCUUGCACAACAGCAUUGGAAGCCUGAGCUUCUUGAGAAUUCAAUGCAAAAACUCUGGCCUGACUCCCACCAGCCUGUGAAGUCUGACCAGUACCACGACCUCCACCAUUUCUUCCUCCUCGAUUUCCAUAACAUCGGCCUCUCUGGCCAGUAAAAGUACUCCCCAUCUGACCAUAACCCGAUGCUUCCUGAUAUGCAGUUCUCUGCUGAUUGUAGGAGGGUUGAGCAAUCGUGGUCAUUGAACUUUAGGAUAUCUGCCUCGGACAAUCUCUAGCAAAGUGACCUUGUUGGCCACAAUUGAAACAUUCUCCCGAGGUAAUAUGGCGUACUCCAUAAUGCCUCUUGUUUCAAGUCUAACAAAGGGGUGGUCCAAAUCCUACACCACCAGUUGUCCUAGCACCAACUCUUGCUCCGGAAGUUCUACCUCGAUUACCAUAUCUGUCUUUCUUACGUUCUCGAUUACGCUGGGGUCUAGGGAAAUUUCCAGCAUAAGACUGCACUGGGGCACUGUCUACCAUAUGCACACUUUCACUCCUAAUCGGCACUUGACCGGAAGGAUUUGGGAGUCUUCCACACUGAAUCAAAGUAGUAUCGAUCUGGCGAGCAGUAUCGAUCAACUGAACCAAAUCCAUGUUCACAUCUGACAUCAGACUCACAAACUCGCGUCCUAAGCCCUUCACAAACCUCGUGUUCACUCUAACAGGGUCCACCAUCAAGGCCGGUACAAAUAUGCUCAAUCUUGUGAAAUUUGUAACAUAUCUUGACUAAUCUAUCUCCUUUGUUCAAAUUCAGCAAUCGAUCACUAUUCAACUCCAUCACUAAAUACGGAAGAUAGAACUCUCUAUACAGAUUGACAAACUCAGCAUAGGUCAUCUGACCCUUAAUCAGCUGAAUCAUAUGUUGAAACCAAUCCUUUGCUGGUCCUUUUAAUGACAUCUCUAUCAAAAUGAUAGACUGCCUCUCAUCAACUUGGAGGCGUCUAGCGUUACGCUCCACUUCUUCCAGAAAAUCCAAUGCAUCUACAGUACCGUCGAACUCAGUUGGCUUAAGGCGCAUGUAAGCCAAAACGAUAUCUCUAUCCGCAUUCCCGACUAAACGCUGCUGCUGUUGUAGAAAUUACUCACGUUGCAUAUUCUGGUUCUCCACUUGAGCUGUUGCCAGAGUCGCAAUUCUAGUUAGAAAUUGGUCCAUAUUGAAUCCUGCGGGAUUCGCUAGUUGAGGCAUUCCUGGUGCCUGUACUGGUUCUUGCACAUUGGUAGCUUGGCCUCUGCCUAUGCCUCGGCCUCUUCCACGGCCUCUACCUCUUCCAGAUGCUCCUACCGGUUGCUGAUGUCCUCCCUGAACAGAAUACUCAUUUUGAGCCUCUUCGGCUACUCCUUGUGCCACUCCUGGUGCCACAGCGGCACGCGCUCUAGUUUGUCUCUAUUCAGCCAUCCUGACCAAACCAAACAACACAUCGAUCAAUAACCAUACCGAAAAUACAUGCUUACUCCUAAGCGCAAACUAAUCAUAUACUCGAACGCAUCUAUUCGCAUCCUAACGAUCACACGCAAAUAACGAACUCACAUCCUAUAAAGGAGAGUUGAAAGUUUAAAAACAAAUGAGGACAUAUCAAUGACAUGACUGAAAUCUUAUAGCUGCAGUAGUUCUUAGUUCAACUUAGUGAACUCGAAAAUCCUAGGAUCACAUAACGUAUACCGCAUACAAGCUAUGGCCUUGGAAACAAAACCAUUACUUGGAUAACAACUUUAUCACUACCCGAAAUCGCUAAUCGAGACCGACACUAAAGAAUGGGAGUGUUAGCUCCGAACCCUGUAGCAAGCCUAAAACAACUCUAAAAUUUUCGCGAUUUAAUCAAAUAAGCAUUCAUGCAAAACGUUUUCAAAAAUGCUUUUAAAACGAUUCGAUUAUAAACAUCUAAUCAUAUUUUGAAAACUAUACAUAGAAACUAGAGUCUUACAAUGCAAUGCCACAUCAAGCAUUUCCCCGUUUCGCAUAUCAAAAGAAAACGGUUUAACCGCUGAUAAAACUAUUCAAGUUUACAAAAUAUUAGAGUAUAUAUAAUAUAUAAAAAUGUUUGACCAUAUAACAACUAGGACUAGACUAUUGCAGCGUUAUCGAUCGAAACCUUCUUUUACAUACUUCAAAACACAGACUUUUGAGACAAGGAUAGAAGUCCGUCGCAUUAAAAGACUAUUUACCUGAAAGUGAUUAAAACAACGGGGUCAAUCAAAACUGAGUGAGUUCAUAGUUUACAAGUCAGUAUUCAAUAAAACAAAACAAUGCUACAAUUCAUUCAUUGAUAUGCAUCCGAAUAUGUCACGACCCAUUUUCAUGAAUCGUGACCGGCGCUAGGGCAUGGGUAAUGUAGUACCAACACCCGUAGCUAGCCUUUCUUAUAUCAUACAAUUCAAUUAAACCUGCAGAAAACCAAUGCUCGGGGGCAACCGAGACUUCAGCCUAAUUCUAACAUGCUUAUCCAUUCUGAGUCUAAAAUAGCCAUAACAUAAACCAAUGUAAAUAAUGUAACAUACCAAAGCAAUAUAACUAGUCGGACAAAUCCGACAAACAACUGUAAUAAUAAUAAAGACGUCUAGUUACUAUUGCGGUCUAAGGAUAAAAUAGUUUUACAGUUUAUCAAAAUAAUAAACCUCCGAGAAAAGUAAAGAACGGAGAUCAGCGGACUCUCUCAAAUCAUAACCCUGGGAAAAAUUGGGAAAAUAACGGGGUCAGAUAUACUGAGAUGAGUUUAUACCACUAUUUAUAUUUAUCAAGUGGAAAACCUUUAAAACUGUUUAAAACAUUUAAUAACGAUAUUACGAUUAAUAGUUGGAACCCUAAUCCACAAUUCUAAAUAAUAAACAUAAUCCAAUAGGCCUAGUCCCGAGAGCUGAGCUAGACCGAGUUACCACUGACCACACUUUUACCAUAUCCAGAUUCCCGAGAGCUGUGAUACAUCGAGUUACUCUAUUUGGUCCCGAGAGCUAUGCUCACACCGAGUUACCACAUUUCCAUAAAUACCUUACCCAUAUCAUUACCGGUGCGCACGAAGUCCUAAUGAUGCCCAUUAGGUAGCAUGUUCCAACUAAUAACCAUAAUAUAAAAACAGUUCGAAAUAUAUGUACAGUAUAUAUAUUUAAUAUUUAAAAUAACAAUUUACUUAAUAA